AUGGCCUCCAUCGUCUCAUCAUUGUGUCUGCUGCUCGUGUUCUGCCUGAGCGUCGAGGCCGUGUUCUUGCCAAAUCUCUAUCAGCCAAACGAGGACGGGAUGGCCGGCGCCGCCGAGAAGCGCAUGAGCCGCCAGGCGUUGAUUCGGCUCAUGAUCCAGCGUGACCGGCAAGCGUUGGGCGCCCACGGGCCGAUCAAGAGGAGUAAUACCUAUCUAACAAAAUACCUCUUUACCCAAUCAAUGCCGCUUUACGAGGUGUCGGGGACGGCGCUUCUGAAGCCGUCCGGCAAACUCCGGGGUGGCUCUGGACUCAUCUGGAAGUGGACCGACGGAGCAUCGAUGCCGCCGACGACUUCCAGAAUUGCUUCCUGUCCCCGGUGCAGUGCA